AUGGGCUCACGCCAUUUCUAUCAGGCAUUCUGUACGACGACGCUGCAGCUCUGGAGCAAGUUCAAUAUCUGCUGUCUUGCAGUCUGGCAGAAGCAGAAGAAUUUAACUCAGGCUUUGAUGAUGGUGAUUAUUCCUCUUCCCGACCCAUGUCUGAGCAUUUCACAAAUAGAAACAUUUGGUGAGGAGCUGAUUGCUAUCUGUGACAGGAUAGAAAAGCAUGGACUAGUGGACUAUGAGGUCAGGAUCUGGGAAGAAGAGAUUCUCUCUAGUAAGACACUUUCGACACAGUUGCGGAUGCUCGACCAGUUAGCCGAGCGAGAUGGCCAGAUGAACUGUCGGCCUGAAGCGACCGUCGGCGAGUCAUUCAUCAAGCAAGCUCCAUACCCCAAGAUGCCUCAGCACCUAACAACAUUUCGACUAUCUAGAAAUACGCGCGCCGCGGAACAAGUCAUUUCAGGCCUGCGGGAGCAUUUCGAGACGGAGGCAUUCAGAGGACUCCCCCAGGACGAGGUAUACGUCGAGAGCCCGCUCGACUCUGAUGCACUGGACCGCCUGAAACCUAUCCUUUCGCUAGUCUGUGACGGCCCAGUGCGCGUAAUACUUUCGAGGGUCAUGGGAAAGACAGUACUGCAGGCCCGUUUUCCAUGUCUCCACUUCCCAGUCCUGAUCUACGAGUCUUCGCUACUCGAUGGAAAGCCAUUAGAGCUUGGACGCGGCGUGUAUACAGACAGGGAUGUCAGUCUGACCGGGAGAUUGGUUCUAAUAACAGUUGUUCCCACGUUUGUCAAAGUCAUAUUUGAGCCUUCGGAGUCUCCUUAGGUCGCGGGACCGAAAAUCAAUCCCGCGGGACCUACCAGCCAUCCCCAGUGUCUUCUUGAUGAAUGUCCAUGGAAAUAAACGUCUCCCAUGGUACCUGAUAUUCUGUACUUAGAUGCGACAUGUAACCACGAGCAGACAGAUCAAUUCUCGGUUCUUGAAUGUCUUGGGGAAGAGGCGCCGGGGAUGGGAAGGACAAUGAAUAGGUUGGGCAGGCAAGUGCGCUCUGCACUAGGUUGCUUUCUCCG